AUGGCUGCUGCUAGAGAAUUAGUAACCGAUGAUCAGGCAAUGACGUCGUCAGGCUAUGUUGCUAAAGAAUUAGUAUUAAGUGAUGAUCAUCAAGAAAUGGUGUCUUUUGGUCCGCAACAAGUUGAUUCUCUUGGUAGGCUUGAAAAAAAGUUUGAUGUGUUACUUACAGUACUUACUGAAUUGCAAGUAAAUACAUCACAGAUUGUAAGAAACACUAGUAAAAAUGACGAAGAAAAUCAUAAAGCUGUCCCAAACCGGUCAUCUUCAUCAAUUAAUCCUCGUGCUGAAGAUGGUGGUAAAGCCACGAAUAAAGAUGUUUUGGAUAAAUACAAGGAGCUAUAUGACGCAGCAAUAGAGGGUGACUGGAAAGUGGCAAGUAAGUUUUUGGAGAAGCAUCCAGAAGGGAUUACACAAGGGAUCACUAAUGAAUCACAAACAGUGUUGCAUGUAGCUAUAAGGUAUGGGAAGAAAUGGAAUCUGAUGUUUAUAGAGGAGAUUCUGAAACUUAUGCCCCAAGAUAUACUUGAGCAUAGAACAAACGUUAGUGAAAAUACACCGCUUCAUUAUGCUGCCUUAUGUGGACAUGCUAAAGCCGCUAAGAUAAUUGUAAACAAAAACCCUGGAUUGACUCAGAUAGUAAAUCGCAGUGGAGAGGUACCACUUGAAAGGGCUCUAACAUCAGUUACAGCUGGAAAAAGAGAGACAGUUGAGUAUCUUUAUUCG